AGUCAGUCCUUAGUCAGUUUGGUUGAUAUUACGAUGUUUUCCGGUAUAUUGGUUUUAUGUAUAAUCUUAUUUUCUGGUAAAUCUUUAGGUAAGCCUGCCCUAAAAGAUGAUUGGUUUAAAGAAGACGCAGCACCUCAGGAACGACGUGGAUUCCAAUGGAGCGAUAAUUUUCAUCUUAAAGACGUACAAGACCCAGACGAAUUUAAAAAAAUCAGUGAUAAUUUCAAUUCUCUAAUGCCUCCAAGCGAAUUUUCUCAGAUUAGUGAAAAUAUUUUAAAAAAUGCCGAUUCUCUAAGAGGAUUAUUGAAAAAUAAAGACAUUACACCAGCUCAAGAACAGCAACUAAGCGAUUCAGUAAUUAAGAAUAUUGAGAAAAUCCUGGAUGAAGGAGAGAAAUUUGAACCAGAUUUAGCCGCAACAUCAAUCAAUCUUCUAUUACCAAAACAAAUCACCCGAAUGAACAAAGAACAAAUCCUGCAAACUGUUCAGAAUAAUGACUUUGAUCCCGAUCUUGAAACUGUUAUAAAUAUUGGCGAAAGACUUGAAGAAGUAUUGAGAGAUAUUCCUGAGAAGGACUUGUUACCUGAACUUGUAAAGUCUAAAAAUGCUAUCAAAGGUAUCAGCCUUGGAGAUUUAAACGAUUUUGUUAAUAAAAUGGGUAAAAUGGAUAAUGAUGAUCUUGAAAAGUUUGAGGGAGCUAAAAUGAAUCCUCGGCAAGUUGACCUAUUUUUAGAAAAAUGGGAAAGAGAUAUUGAAGUGCCUAAAACUGAAGAAGGCUUAAUGGAAAAUAUUAACAAUAUACCAAAAACCAUGAUUCGUCAGUUGGAUUCUGAUUGGAUAUCGAAAAUCUCUGAGAAUAAUAUUGAACAAUUCUUUGACAAAGUAGCUGAUGCACCUGAAUUGGAAGAGGAAGUGGAACCACUCGAUUUUGAUGAAGAUGUUGAUGAACCAAUGUUCCACGUAAUGGCAGAGACAAUAAAGAGGAAAGGACAUAAAAAUAUAGACAAAGAGCGAAUAAAGAAAUUAGCAAAAUUGAAACUUUUAAACACUGAUGACGUAGACAAAUUUGAAGAUAAUCAGAUAUGCUUCGAUGGUUCAGAUAGAGAAAGCUAUUCAUUCAUGGAUAGUAGUUCGCAAGCAGCAAUUUUUGACAAGUGUGAAAAAAGUUUUGGAAGUCCUAUUGAUGAAAAUGGAAAUCUCAAUGACAAGUAUGGAUCUACGAUAACUGCUCUCGAAAUAGAUAAACUCAAAGAACUGAAUAUUGAGUCUAGCAAUGCUGCGGAUAAUUUCGAAGAGCUUAUGGAAUUUAGUUCAUUUUUAGAACCUGCAAAGGAACAAUAUCUUGCAGAGAGAGCUGAAGAACGAUUGACAUCAGCACGCGGACAAUCUGACUUAUCUUCUAUUUCUACUAUGAAGAAAUACAAAUGUUUAUUUAAGCGAAUGAAUCCACAGAUACUUCUUAACGUCACUAACGAUGGAGUGAGUGAGUUAUGUGAAGAAAUAGCUGAAUGUCUGGUCGAUGAUAUGCCGAAAGUUGUUAUGGAACAGAUUACCAAUGUAUGCCUAUCGACAACAAUGUCAUUAAGGAGGAUCGGAACACUUGGCGUAGGUAUGACAGAGAGCCACGUGAAGAGUAAAAUGACAGAUAAACAGAUAAAGGAGUCUGUUGACGUUUUACAAGAGCGGGCAUUAAAUUGUGAUACCCGCAGGGAAAUUAUCCUUAAGUACAAAGGUAGUAACGGAUACGAUAAAUUUACAAGAGAGGAUGUAAGCAACAUUGGUACACUUAUCCUAAGCUUAAGCGAUGAUGAAAUAGAUAGUUUACCGAACGAAGCUCUAUGCGGCCAAUUCGAUAAAGUAGUUGUUGAAGAAGCCAAAAAACAACUACAAACUCUAACGAAAAGGGAAUAUAAUGGUUUCAGAUUUGGAUACGAAUGUCUGAAUGACGAUAAUAAAUUUGCCAAAGUUUUCGAAAGGAUGAAGUUAGCCGAUGAUUCUACAACUUGUAAUGGAAAAGAAACCAAUGCAACCGCCAGAAGAAAGCGAUCUACUGCAGUCUCGCUCACAUGUGACGAUAUCAGGAAAAUGGGUCAUAAAGCUACUAUGCUAACGCAAGAACAGAUAGCAGCACUAAGCACAAAGGAAUUUAAAGAUUGCAUUUACGUAUUGGGCAAAAUUACUUCGUGGGAAAGAUCGAAACAUUUGAUACCAUUAGUUGAAAAAGCUAAAGAAACUUUGGACACCGAUGUUUCGAAAUGGACUGACAAAAAUAUAGAAGAUCUCGGAAGUAUUGUUUCUGGUCUACAGAGAAGCGACGCAGAUAAACUACGCAUAACUUCACUUGAAGCAGCAAGUUCGGUUGGAAAGCACGGUAGAUGGCAUGACAAUGCCAACUCUUUACAAUCAGCUUUCGAAUCUUUCCUAAAGAAUGCUCGUAAUGAUGAUAUUGGUAAACUAUCUGCUGCAGAUAUUCAGUCAAUAAGCGAACUAAUUUGCGGAGCGGACACAGCUAAAAUACAGACUAUUCCGAGUACUAUCUAUAAGCAGGUAGCAUCUAGCAUAGGGAAAACAACAACUUGCGUGGAUGGUCAAUUGCAAAAAUUUGCUGAGCUAGCAAAAAAAUCUUUCGGUUCCGAAAUAAAGAAAUGGAACUCUGCAACUGUGAAAACUGUAGGGGUUGUUAUAGGGGGUUUAACUAAAACAGAAUUAAGUGAAUUAAGUAAAGAUGGUAUAGCCAGUCUAACUCCCAACAACCUUAAAUCUUUGCCAUACAUGCAAAUAAAUGGCCUAACUUCCCAACAACUACAGUGGUUUACGAUAAACCAGGCUGCAAGUUUGUCUAAAUCUCAAUAUGCAGCACUAGAUAAAGAAAAGAAAGAUAUUAUAUCAUCCAAACUAAGUAGCGUUUUAUCCGAGACAGGAAAAGCCGGAAGCGGAGGUUUUAUUAACAGCUUGAACGAAAGUGGAGCAACGAAUGCCAAAAUUGCUUUUGGAAGUAUUUUAUUAAUGAUUUCUCACAUUUUGAUUCAGAUUUGGGCUUAAAACAAAAUUCAAAAUUAAAUUAAAAGAAAACUUAAAAAGAGUUAAUAUAUCGAUUCUUUACAAUUUUCUUAACACUUGAAUAUCUCUUUCUCUUUCAAUUUUUUGCCUGUUUUUUUUUUAUCCUUUUUUCUUUGCUGUUCCUUUAACACAAAAUGUUUACUUCUCAAUUGACGUAGUGACCGUCUUCUAUCGCCAUCUAUCGUGAAUAUUGUUAAUAAAAAUCUGAAAGAAUAAUUUAUGUUUUAAUUGUGAAAUACAAACUUUCCGAUGAGUUAAAUGUGAAAAUUAUGCAGAAAAAUAAAUAUCACUUGAUUUUAAGUUUAA